AUGACAAAGAAAAGUUUAUUAAGUAAAGGUGACAACAAUUUAGAAUUUGGAUCUAUUUUAUUAUAUGGUGAAGUAGUAACAAGUACUCAAACAAUACUUGAAAGCAAUCUCAAAUUGAAAAAGAAGUUACCAAAUGGAUUUAUUUUUUUAACUAAUCGGCAAAUUCAAGGUCGUGGACGUGGUAAAAAUACAUGGAUUUCACCACUUGGUUGUUUACAAUUCUCUUUCACCUUGAAUCAUUAUGACAAUCCUACAACUUCUGCGUCCGUAGUGUUCAUACAAUAUUUAUUAUCAUUAGCUAUAGUGGAAUCCAUUAGAACCAAAGAUGGUUAUGAGGAGAUUCCGUUAAGACUUAAAUGGCCAAAUGACAUUUAUGCAUUUAUUGAUGACAAUGAAUUUGUUAAAAUAGGUGGUGUACUGGUAAAUUCAAAUUAUAUUAAUAAAGAAUAUAAGCUGGUUAUUGGUCGUGGACGUGGUAAAAAUACAUGGAUUUCACCACUUGGUUGUUUACAAUUCUCUUUCACCUUGAAUCAUUAUGACAAUCCUACAACUUCUGCGUCCGUAGUGUUCAUACAAUAUUUAUUAUCAUUAGCUAUAGUGGAAUCCAUUAGAACCAAAGAUGGUUAUGAGGAGAUUCCGUUAAGACUUAAAUGGCCAAAUGACAUUUAUGCAUUUAUUGAUGACAAUGAAUUUGUUAAAAUAGGUGGAUGUGGGCUUAAUGUAAAUAAUCAAUAUCCAACAAUUUCAAUUAAUCAAUUGAUUGAGAUUUACAAUAAAAAAAACAAAAAUGCUGAAGAUUUGAAAUUAUUUUCACAAGAAGAACUUUUAGCUAUGAUAAUUGUAAAAUUUGAAUAUUUUUAUAAAGACUUUUGUAACUAUGGCAAAGGAUUUCGACCUUUCAUUGAUAUUUAUUAUAAAAGAUGGUUACAUGAGUAA